GCAGUCUCUGAGAAAUGUAAACAGUGGUAGAAAUCCGCAGGAUGGUCACCUGAAAAUCAAACAUGAGAUUUUUUCGUCGCAAAAUAGCGAUAAUAGUUGUUCUGGCUUAUGCGAUAUUUUCACUGUAUGCCGCAUACAAUGUGUUUUUCAACAAGAGGGUUAUUAAUCGUGUUCAUCGAGUUGUGAAAAAAGGCUCUGCGAUUGUAGAUAGUGGAAAAGCAGGAGAGGAAGAGUGGAACCCAUGGGAAGAAGACGAGCUUGCCUACUCCAUCUCAGUUCUGCAGAAGCGGAGAGAUGCUUUCAGAUCGUACCAAGAUCAGAUUGCAAAGAACAGGCUAAAACGAUAUAAAGUUCAGAUCUUGGGCAAAGCAGCCAUAGGACUGUAUUUGUGGGAGCAUAUUUUAGAGGGGCCUCUCAACCCACCUGACAAAUCCAGCCAAUGGAGAGAAGGGGAAAUUCAGUCAGGGAAGAUCAAUUUCAGUUUCUACACAGGGCCAGCAGUAGUCCAAGGUCACAUUUCUCUGGACACAGACAGUGUGGUAUUGGUGCUGAAUGGCCGUGAGCAACAAAAAAUCUCCUACUCCAUCCAGUGGCUGCAGUAUUUCCAGGGUCUGGUGCAGGCCCACACUGUUUCUCGAUUGGCUGUGGUGCUUUUGGGCAAUGAGCAGUGCAAUAAUGAUUGGAUCAGCCCUUACCUUAAGAGGCACGGCGGGUUUGUGGACCUGCUCUUUCUUGUGUAUGACAGUCCUUGGGUCAAUAACAAAGACAUCUUUCAGUGGCCUCUUGGUGUUGCCACAUACAGGCAUUUCCCAGUAGUCACACUUAGCAUACAGAUGGUGAACUCUGUUAGGCCAUACCUCUGCAACUUCCUCGGAACUGUCUACAAUAACUCCUCUAGGGAAACUCUGAUGGGCAUCCUAAAGCAGAACAUCAUGGAAAAAGAGUGUUUCAUGCAUGUUAGAGAGAAGUGGCUUCCUGAGGAAACGGCAGACACCUCCAGACAGUACCAGAUGGCACUUGCGCAAAGUGACCUCACCCUUUGUCCAGUGGGAGUGAACACAGAGUGCUAUCGCAUCUACGAGGCCUGUGCCUAUGGCUCUGUGCCUGUGGUGGAGGACGUCCUGACUCCUGGGGCCUGUGCAGCCAGCCAUCGGUCCCCGCUUCGACUACUUAAAGAUGCAGGAGCACCCUUCAUCUUCCUCAAGGACUGGAGGGAGCUGUCUGCCAUCAUGGAGAGGGAGAGAGGCAUGAGCCAGAAAGCAAAAACAGAGAGGAGGAUGAGACUGCUGGAGUGGUACAGAGGGUUUCGUCAGCAGAUGAAGGACAAAUUCACAGAGGUCUUGGAGGAUGCCUUUUUCAAAGUCAGCUAGGAUGAGAUCGGGGGAAAGUUAAUAUAGUCUCUCAUAUAGAAUGAAAAAGCUGGUAAAGCAGAUGCUAUGCAUUAACAUCCAUUUUGGUUGUCACUUAUUUUUAGAGACAUUUAAUCAUUUAGUUUGUACACAGUGAUUUUGUUUAAUUUAAGGUGUUUACCAUCUGCUACUGUGUAUUAAUGCCCUCCAUGUCAACUGUCAACUAUUAUUUUAUUAUAAAUCAUGGUGAUUCCAUGAAAAUAACAUUGCAAAAAAAAUAAAAUAAAAAUAAAUCUGUAUACUU